AUGCUGGUGGCCGGCUUCCUGUUGGCGCUGCCGCCCGGCCGGGCCGCCCUGAGGGCGGGCAGGCGCCCGGCGCGGCCGCGGGGCUGUGCGGACCGGCCCGAGGAGCUCCUGGAGCAGCUGUACGGGCGGCUGGCGGCCGGCGUGCUCGGCGCCUUCCACCACACACUGCAGCUGGGGCCGCGCGAGCAGGCGCGCAACGCAAGCUGCCCGGCAGGGGGCAGGCCCGCCGACCGCCGCUUCCGGCCGCCCACCAACCUGCGUAGCGUGUCGCCCUGGGCCUACAGGAUCUCCUACGACCCCGCCAGGUACCCCAAGUACCUGCCGGAAGCCUACUGCCUGUGCCGCGGCUGCCUGACCGGGCUGUUCGGGGAGGAGGACUUCCGCUUCCGCAGCGCGCCGGUGUACGUGCCCGCCGUCGUGCUGCGCCGCACGGCCGCCUGCGCCGGGGGCCGCGCCGUCUACGCCGAGGACUACGUCACCGUCCCCGUGGGCUGCACCUGCGUCCCCGAGCCCGAGAAGGACGCGGACAGCAUCAACUCCAGCAUGGACAAGCAGGCCGCCAAGCUCCUGCUCGGCCCCAACGACGAGCCGGCCCGCCCCUGAGCGCGC